CUCCACGGCAAUUCGGAUGGGAUCUUUAGCUUAGCCAUUGCCGCUUGCCACCAGUGAAGGGGAGUAGUCGCCGAGGAAGGCUUCCAUAGCUAAGUGAGCUACUUGGAAGAGCUGUUUGGAUUUCGGACACACCUUCCCUCUUCUCUCAUCAGGCAUCAGGAGGGGUCGGGGCCGGUCCUGCUGCUGCUGCUAGCGACCGCGUUGUCGGGUAACGAACUCGCGCCGGCCGCUCACAUGCUGGAGGUCCUGGAGAUGACGCCGCCGCCGCCGCGGCACCAGCCGGCCAAGGGGGGCGGCGGGCGCGCGGGGCAGGCGAGGAAGCAGCCGCUGCAGAGCAGCGUGGCGCAGCCCAAGGCGGAGGCGACGCCGCCGGAGGGAGCCAAGAAGUGCGGCGGGAGGCGGCGCGGCGGCCGCGGGCGUGCCAGGCCCGUGGCGGAGCCGCGGCCGGCGAUGGCGCAGACGGCGGCGGCGGCGGCGCCGCCGACGCGCGCCGUCAUUGGGCCGCCGGUGCCGAGCAAGGGGCUGGCGUUCUGCCGGCGGCCGGGGUUCGGGACGGUGGGCGCGCGCUGCGUCGUCAAGGCCAACCACUUCCUCGCCGAGAUUCCCGACAAGGACCUUACCCAGUACGACGUCAAGAUCACGCCGGAGGUGAGCUCCCGAUGCGUGAACCGGGCCAUCAUCGCGGAGCUGGUCCGCCUCUACCGCGCAUCCGAUCUCGGAAUGCGCCUCCCGGCUUACGACGGCCGCAAGAGCCUCUACACCGCCGGGACGCUUCCGUUCGACGCGCGCGAGUUCGUCGUGCGCCUAACCGACGACGACGGCGGCACCGGCGUCCCCCCACGCGAGAGGGAAUACAGGGUCGUCAUCAAGUUUGCCGCGCGCGCCGACCUCCACCACCUCCGCCAGUUCAUCGCCGGGCGGCAGGCAGACGCGCCGCAGGAGGCCGUCCAGGUCCUCGACAUCGUCCUCCGGGAGCUCGCCAACCAAAGGUACGUGCCGAUAGGGCGCUCGUUCUACUCGCCAGACAUACGGAAGCCACAGCGUCUCGGCGACGGUCUGCAGUCCUGGUGUGGGUUCUACCAGAGCAUUCGGCCAACUCAGAUGGGCUUGUCGCUUAACAUCGAUAUGUCGUCCACUGCAUUCAUCGAGCCGCUGCCGGUGAUCGAGUUCGUGGCCCAGAUUUUAGGGAAGGAUGUCAUGUCAAGGCCAUUGUCUGAUGCAAACAGAAUUAAGAUCAAGAAAGCACUGCGGGGUGUGAAAGUUGAAGUUACUCACCGGGAAAAUGUAAGGCGGAAGUACCGUAUUUCAGGGGUGACAGCACAACCAACACACGAACUGAUUUUCCCAAUUGACGAUCAAAUGAAUAUGAAAUCAGUUGUAGAGUAUUUCAAGGAAAUGUAUGGGUUCACAAUUCAGCAUGCCCAUCUUCCUUGCCUUAUGGUGGGAAACCAAAAGAAGGCAAACUAUCUACCAAUGGAGGCUUGCAAGAUUGUUGAGGGCCAGAGAUACACAAAGAGGUUGAAUGAAAAGCAGAUCACCUCGCUGCUAAAGGUUACAUGCCAAAGGCCUAGAGAGAAGGAAAUGGAUAUUCUACAGACAGUUCAUCAAAACGGAUAUGACCAAGAUCCUUACGCGAAGGAAUUUGGGAUCAACAUAAGUGAGAAGUUAACGUCUGUUGAAGCUCGUGUCCUUCCUGCACCUUGGCUGAAAUAUCAUGACGCUGGAAAAGAAAAGGAGUGCUUGCCACAGGUUGGUCAAUGGAACAUGGUCAACAAGAAAGUGAUAAAUGGGGGCAAGGUGAGUCACUGGGCCUGCAUAAACUUCUCAAGAAAUGUUCAAGAAACCACUGCUCGGGGAUUCUGCCAGGAGUUGGCACAAAUGUGUCAGAUUUCGGGCAUGGAAUUCAACAGUGAACCUGUGCUACCAAUAUAUUCAGCUAGACCAGAUCAAGUAGCUAAGGCACUUAAGCAUGUGUAUAAUGUGGCACUACACAAACUCAAGGGUAAAGAACUUGAGCUUCUUUUGGCCAUUCUCCCUGACAACAAUGGUGCUUUAUAUGGUGAUAUCAAACGUAUCUGUGAAACUGAUUUGGGAUUGAUAUCACAAUGUUGCUUAACUAAGCAUGUUUUUAAGAUUAGCAAGCAGUACUUGGCAAAUGUUUCGCUUAAAAUCAAUGUUAAGAUGGGAGGAAGAAACACUGUGCUUGUGGAUGCGCUAAGUUGGAGGAUUCCAUUGGUCAGUGACAUACCAACUAUUAUAUUUGGUGCGGAUGUAACACAUCCUGAAACCGGGGAGGACUCUAGUCCAUCCAUCGCUGCAGUUGUGGCUUCUCAAGACUGGCCAGAAGUUACGAAGUAUGCUGGAUUGGUGUGCGCGCAGGCGCAUCGGCAAGAGCUCAUUCAGGACCUUUAUAAGACAUGGCAUGACCCUCAGAGAGGCACGGUCACAGGAGGCAUGGUCAGGGAACUCUUAAUAUCCUUCAGGAAGGCCACUGGGCAGAAGCCAUUAAGAAUAAUUUUCUACCGUGAUGGUGUUAGCGAAGGCCAAUUCUACCAAGUUCUCCUGUAUGAGUUAGAUGCUAUCCGUAAGGCAUGUGCAUCCCUGGAACCAAAUUACCAACCUCCUGUAACAUUCGUGGUCGUUCAAAAGCGUCACCAUACAAGGCUGUUUGCAAACAAUCACAAGGACAGAAGUAGCAUGGACAAGAGUGGAAAUAUUUUGCCUGGAACUGUUGUUGAUUCGAAGAUAUGCCAUCCAACGGAGUUUGAUUUCUACCUCUGUAGUCAUGCUGGAAUCCAGGGAACAAGUAGGCCAGCUCACUACCAUGUCCUCUGGGAUGAGAACAAUUUCUCAGCAGACGAGAUGCAGACGUUGACAAACAACCUUUGCUACACGUACGCACGGUGCACACGCUCUGUUUCUGUCGUCCCUCCUGCAUACUAUGCGCAUUUGGCUGCAUUCCGGGCACGGUUCUACAUGGAGCCGGAGCUCUCAGAGAACCACACAUCGAAGAGCUCUAGCGGAACGAACGGAACCUCGGUGAAGCCUUUGCCUGCUGUGAAAGAGAAGGUGAAGAGGGUGAUGUUCUACUGUUGACAAGGGAACUAGUUUUAACCACUCAUAGUUCUGUGCCUAACAAUGUAGAAUUUAGUAGUAGGGGUUAGGUUAGCUUUCUCCCGGAAAAAGGAAGAGAAGAGCAUUUGAAUCCUGAACAAUCUCUUGACUAUCUCUGUAAAGUACUCAAAAAAGCAUGUAUAAUAGUUCUUGCUUGGGUCCGAUGGCACUAAGGUGUCGAAGUCUGGUUUUCCA